AUGGGAACCAGUCAGAGGUUUCGCUUGCCGAGCUCUCUCAGGCGGGAGAAGUCACAGUCUCAUGCUCCAACCCGGCCGGCAGAUGGAAAGGAAUAUAAAGCCCAACAUAUUCUUGGGCUCACAGAAACCGCUCUCAAUACCGCCAGAAACGAGAGCAUAAGCUCUUCGGCCACCACCAGGCUCCCCAGGCUCUCUUUUUCAGACUCCACGACGGAGUUUGGAUCUUCUACUGCGCCAGCAGAUCAGUCAGACCCCGAUCAAAUCCUGCAUCUAAAGGCAUCAUCUCUGCUGUUACACGAAGAUUACCAUCUGAACAGAGACGGCGCAAGUUCAGUUCGCUCGGCGCGGCUCAAAGCAUCCGCCUCCUCCUCCACACUGAACUCGUACUAUGACGCACAGCGGACACCGCUCUCCAUCUCACAACAGACCUCGGAGUCGUCCAGGCGUGACUUUGCCCUGCGUAAAGGCUUGCCCGUGGUCGUCCAAUCCAUAACUCCCGACCGGGAGUCGCUCCGUCAUCUACGACCUUCUAGGUCGUCGAAGAAGCCAGAAUCGAAGAACCUUCCGAAAGAAGGUCCUCGGUCGCCGGUUUCGCCAACCUGGACGCUGUUCUCCAGCCAGAGGUCAUUGGCAUCGUCUGAACAGCCAGCGGCCUCCAAUUCCGCCCAGCAUAUCCUGGCCAGUCAUGCGGACAAACGCCACAAAGAUGUGCGUUUUCAGCCUUCUCCUCCACGGGCUCCGUCGAAGAACAAGAGGAUGGAACCGUUGAGUGGUUCUGUGGCAGCUCGAUCUGAAGUGUCUCAUGUUAAAGUCAACAUCAGGCGACCCAAAGUCGGCGCAAAGCAUUGGUUCGACGGACUGGAGGGCGAAAGUAGCGAAGAUGAGAGCAUACAUGAGCCGGAAUUACAGCCAGGUUUUGUCGCUGGGAUGGAGAUGGCCUUCGGGGACGACAGCAUCGGGCCAGUACCGAAGGAAUCUCGCGGGACGGCUACGUUCAUAUCCGAGAGCUCGAGUCAGGAUGCAGGUUCUAUGCCCUCCAAGGCAUCGGACCAUGCUUCUCGUCAUGCUCUUCCUGUUUCAACAUCUCCUCCCCGGAUCUCGACGCUUAAUGCGAAGUCAUCCAAGUCGACGCUCCGUGGCGGUCCGUCGAACAAGACUUCUUCACUGCCAUCAAAGCCAAGGGGAAGUCCGCUGGCUUUUACUGAUCUCCACCAGACCAGUGUUCUUGACCUAUCCUCCUCGGAGGACGAUGAAACUCAGCCUGCGGUGACGGACGCUACAGAUCAAGCCCUGCCUCGUUUACGCGAUAGUAUAGCAGUGGAGUCACUCGUUGAAUCGGAAAUCGAGAUAGGGACGGCCCAAGCUGUCGACACCAAACAGAAUUCUUCUCUGCAAGCGACGCCCAGUUUACGGCGAGUGUACGGCAACCCAGCCAGGCGCAAUACGAGGCUAGCAAUGCAUCGAGGCAACAAUGCUAGUACACAGCCAUCAACCUAUCUUAGUGGUCAACCGUCGGCUCCAGCGCCGGAGGAGAACGAUCUGCUCACCUCGUUUCCACCAACUCCUACUGACUCAUAUGCUUCACGCCGUGCCUCUCUGCAAGGCUCCUGCCGGUCCGACAAUGCCAGUAUAGAGAGCUGCAGACUUGUGAGCGUGACUCGGCAGGAGGAGUCGCUCCUGGCCGCAAUGAGGUUAAGGAAGAUGGCUUCCAACCAGUCGAACGGCAGCUCAGCCAGUCGCCGAAUCCAAGCAGUAAGGGUCCCAGGUCGAAGACUCGCAGAACAACCACACGAUGCGGCAGGCAGCCCUGUCGGAGAGUUCUCAUAUCGUCCUCAGGCACGAAAGCGCGACAUUGCCCCGUCCAUUUCCUCUGCAAAUUUUGAUAAGGUCUCCUAUACAGCUCUCCAGACCGGCGCGUCAAAUGACGCGAGCGUACGCUUUUCUCUUGCAAGCUUCAAAACGGAGACAUCUCUGGAUCACGAGACUGAAAUGUCCUUGUCGCUGGGCAUGGCUUCUCCUGUGUUGGUCGCGCCAUCCCACAGCGCCAAUCGCAUGAGUCGUGUAACCUUUUUUUCCACAUCGACCAAUGACUCCAGAGAUGAGUCAUGUAGUCGACGAAGGAGCGGGUAUCUCUCAACCCUGGAGGAGCUUCAAACCGUGCCCAAGAGAGAUGAGAUCUCGUCGCAGGAUUUUAUCGAUUCCCCAUAUCGCGGAUGGGAGGCAGAAUAUGCAUUACCAGCACCAUCUCAACCAAGGGCAGUGACAGCGGCGGCACAUUAA